GUGUUCAGAGAAACAGUGAAGAUGUUCCUCUUCUGUUUUUUAGAGACGAUAAAAUAAAGGGACUGCAUAAUUUAGAAUUUGGAGACAAACGGAAGGAUUUAGGAAAUAACCUCGUCACCUUAGCUUCGUGCUCUUGGUGUUUUUGUUAGGUAGCCUAACUUCCCUUCUCAGUGGAUAUGCAUCGGUCCCAUCUGUAGCACUCUAUGGUGCCCUUUAACUGCGCCUCGAGUUUAUGGACCCCCGCUCAAUGAUGACUAUGAGUUCAUUGUCGGACAGUCUGGUUUCUACUGAUCCCUCAAAAUCGGCCUUUCUGGAGUUCGGACACGGCUAUCCCGGCCACCAGCAGCAUCCCCCCGGCUUAUCCCACAACAUCUAUCCAGUGCACGGCUUGCAUCCCGUCGGACCCUCGCAGCACGACAGCUCCUUUUCUUCCAGCGCGUCAUCCUAUGGCCGCACGCUAGCCUACCCCUACCACAGCACUGUAAACGCACACCACCCAAGUGCCUACCUGCCAUACCAGCACAGUAGCCACAACAACGGUCUGGGACGCACGAGAAUAGAGGAAACAGAGCUUGAGAAGCCAACCACGGUGAUCGAGAACGGAGAAAUUAGACUGAACGGAAAAGGGAAGAAGAUCCGAAAACCUCGGACCAUCUACUCAAGCUUACAACUGCAAGCGCUCAACCAGAGAUUCCAGCAAACCCAAUACCUUGCACUACCUGAGCGAGCCGAUCUGGCAGCAAAAUUGGGACUAACUCAAACGCAGGUUAAGAUAUGGUUCCAGAACAAACGCUCCAAGUACAAGAAGAUCAUGAAGCAUGGCCCGGGCGGACCGGAGGGAGAACACCUGCACCCUGGGUCAUCUGGGUCUCCGUGUUCCCCGGGGAUGCCGCCACUUUGGGACGUUUCCAUGGCAAAUAAGGGGACGCCUGCGCAAUCCGGUGGAUACAUGAACAAUUUCGGACACUGGUACCCAAGCCACCACCAGGAAUGUAUGCCGAGAACUCAAAUGAUGUGACGGGAUGUGGACAAUGGGAUUGAAUUAUAUCUGCUCUCCUCAACUGACUUUACUCAAUCUCAACAUUUAGAUUCGUGUUUCGUCUCCUCUUGUACAUGAACCGCGUAGCAUAUCCCCUUUUAAAUGUAGCUCCAAGCCCCAGCUAUCACAUUAGAGUCUUAAUUUUUGAAACGCACGUUUAAAGGUCUUUUGCUUGAAUUUCAUCGGAGGUUUUGCCUACAAUUUCGUGGACAUGAAGAAAUGUCUGCACGGAUUUUGCCUUGGAGGCUUAUGUGGAUCUGGAAUUUGAAUGCAGUUCAGUUUCAAAUAAAGCCUCAGUGGUCAACUA